AUGGCAAAUGUAUUCAAUGGAUCCAUGAAAUUAAAAAUUUGCGAAGCAGUUGACUUGAGGCCGACUGACUUCGCAACACGAUUGAAUCUGGGUGGUACGAAAAAUGUGCAACUCAUUGAUCCGUAUAUAGCGAUAGAUGUGGACGACCUCCCUAUUGCUAAAACGACCACAAAACCUAAAACGUUAAAACCAGUAUGGAACGAGGAUUUCUCCUCGUCUGUUCACAAUGGACAGACUAUUGGACUUACAGUAUUUCACGAUGCCGCGAUACCACCCGACGAGUUCGUGGCCAACUGUUCUCUGACAUUCGAGGAAGUGAAAGGGAGACACCGAGAUUUGUGGGUUGACCUAGAACCCAAUGGGAAGAUACACGUCGAAAUAGAAUUAAAUGGAUCUUCGGGAGGAGCAGCGUUUGCGGUGGAGCCCCAGAAGGAGCGGGUAUUCCGGGAGAGGGAGGGGCUGCCCCUACGGCGUGGGGCUAUGCGAAGACGGGUACACCAGGUUCAUGGACACAAGUUUAUGGCCACACUCUUCAGACAACCCACGUUUUGCUCAUUAUGUAGAGACUUCAUAUGGGGACUAUGGAAACAAGGGUAUCAGUGCCAAGUGUGUACAUGUGUAGUUCACAAAAGAUGUCACCAACAUGUUGUCACAAAGUGUCCGGGAUCCAAAGACUCGGCACCAGAGGAGACAUCGGGUACAAGAUUUAAUAUAAAUAUACCACAUAGGUUUAGCGUACAUAAUUACAAGCGACCAACAUUUUGUGAUCACUGUGGGUCCUUGCUGUAUGGACUGUUUAGACAGGGACUUCAGUGCGAGGCUUGUAAAUUGAAUGUUCACAAACGUUGUCAGAAAAAUGUGGCAAACAACUGUGGCAUCAAUACACGAGACAUGGCACAGAUCCUUCAGGAGAUGGGCAUCACAUGUGACAAACUGUCUCAAAAACCAAAAAAGGCACCGAUAGCACCAGAUUCUCCACAUAAAGGGGGUUCUUCAGAAAAUAAUCUGCCUGUGAUACCAGACUCUGAUGGGCAAGGUAAACUCUCGGAUGACAGGUCAAAUAGAGGAAGGAGUCCUUCACAAGAUCGCUCACAGCGAAAACGAGCUGACAAGUACUCUCAGUCAGAUUUUCGUUUUAUUAAAGUUCUAGGGAAAGGGAGUUUUGGUAAAGUAAUGUUAGCAGAAAAAAUAGGUACGGAUGAAGUAUAUGCAGUAAAGGUCCUUAAAAAGGAUGUAAUUAUACAGGAUGAUGAUGUAGAAUGUACCAUGACAGAAAAACGAAUCUUAGCAUUGUCCGCCAAACAUCCCUUCCUCACAGCGCUUCACUCUUGCUUCCAGACUAAGGACCGACUUUAUUUUGUGAUGGAAUUUGUAAAUGGGGGAGAUCUAAUGUUCCAAAUUCAAAGAUCCCGCAAAUUUGAUGAACUUCGUGCACGAUUUUACGCAGCUGAAGUGACACUUGCCCUGAGGUUUCUUCACCGACAUGGUAUUAUAUAUAGAGAUCUGAAAUUAGAUAACAUUCUACUGGAUGCUGAAGGCCACUGUAAGAUAGCUGAUUUUGGGAUGUGUAAGGAAGGAAUGUUUGAAACAAAAUUAACACAGACAUUCUGUGGGACCCCUGAUUAUAUAGCCCCAGAGAUCCUGCAGGAGUUGGAGUAUGAUGCCUCUGUUGAUUGGUGGGCACUAGGUGUCCUCAUGUAUGAGAUGAUGGCUGGCCAGCCUCCCUUUGAGGCAGAUAACGAAGAAGAUCUGUUUGAGUCCAUUCUCCAUGACGAUGUACUUUAUCCAGUAUGGCUCAGCAAGGAGGCUGUAACUAUUCUGAAAGGAUUUAUGACCAAAAAUCCAGCCAAACGACUUGGCUGUGUAAGAUCUCAAGGUGGAGAGAAAGCAAUCCUAGAUCAUCCAUUCUUCCUGGACAAGAUUAACUGGGAGGGGCUAGAGCAGAGGAAAGUCAAACCACCAUUCAGACCCAAAAUUAAAUCAAAGACAGAUGCUAACAAUUUUGACAAAGACUUCACAUCAGAAGAGCCGGCAUUGACCCCUGUUGACCCAUCUGUUGUCAAGGCCAUUAACCAAGAAGAGUUCCGGGGGUUCUCGUUUAUUAACCCAGACUAUGGAAAAGUAUUUCAGUCCUCGGAUAUCCAUUGA